GCUAAACUUACGUUUUACACAAUAACAUAUGUAUUUUAUUUAUAAAUUUUCGUAUCGCAUCAAGGACGUGAUCGAUAUCUCGUGUGCGUAUGCACUGCGGAGCAACGAAGCGGGGAGUAAAGAACACACACUCUUUCCCUUCUACGUCGAUUUCGGCCGCGGACGACUGUCUGGCGACCGCGGUGGUCACUGUGCAAGAGAAAACGGUCGAGAUCAAGAAUCGUAAGGUUAUCACCAACAAGUGGUUAAAAAUCGAGGACUGGGCCGCGCUCUACAAGAUAUUGGAAAGAGCGAUUCUGCGUAACGGCCGGGAUGACGGAUCCUCGCUACGCAAGGAUCGAGGACGCGAGUGGCGCAAGUCCACUCGCCAGUUGGAAGUCACAUACACCUUCGAGCACUCGGAAUCCACGAGCGGCGCGACGUUCCUGCCGACCAUCAAGGUGAACGUGUCGUCGGCUCGGAAAAAAUCGACGGUGAAACGAGAAACGAACGAAGACGAGAAGAGAAGCAAGACGGAGACCGAAGACGAGACGAAAAAUCGAACGAAGGAAAAAUCUUCCGAUCGAACGACCGACGCUAAAAGCGAUCGAUCGAAGAAAACACCGACGAAAACGAAAUAUUCGCCUACCAAGAUCGAAACCGCACCGCCGCGCGACAAUACCUCCUCGACGACGGCGCGAGACGAUUUCAGAAAAAAAAGGAUCAAGAAAUACAAACUCUCCGAGGAUCUGGAGAACGCGUCGUUGGAGGAAUACAUUCCGGACGCGCCUAAGGCGAAGAGAUCGUGUCUGGACUUCAAGUACGUGCCCAGUCGGAAGAGCGCGCUCGAGGGCAUGCGAUCGACGUCGAACGAGUACACGCCGACUCUGUGCGACAGUAGCAAACACGUGGCGCAGAACGUAAACUACGUGCCGAACUCGAUUGAGAAACUGGAGGCGGUUUACGAGACUUACGAGCCGUGCGCCACCACGUUGAUUCCCGACGCCGUUCUGGAGGAGUACGUGCCCAAUUCAAAGGGAGUCAAGUCUGCCGUGGAAGAGUACGAGCCCGACUUCAAGUCGCCGUGCAAACUGACGUUCGACGAUAGUUACGUGCCGUCGAGCGUGCAGAAGAAGAAAACGACGAACGACUCGAGGAAAACAAAACCGGGCGGCAAGUCGGAGAAGCUGAAGAGGCCGGAGCGCCGAAAAGAGACGCUGAAAAGAAAGAUGAGUCUUUUCUCGUGAGAGUUUUUUAUCUCUCGUCGCGAAAUUAACAAUUGAUAUUUGUAAAAAAUAUUUAUUUUCUAAUGCGUGUUUUAUAGAGCGUGUGGGUACGAAGGUUCUAUAUGUAUGUACUUAUAUUAUAUAGUGAUAUAAACAUCUGUACAAUAAAAAAAAAAAAAAAAAAAAAAA